AGGUAGGAAACUUUCCUUGCCCCCCUGUAAUGUUCCUCACUUACCAUUUGGUAUCUCAGCACCUCAUCCUCUCUACCACAGGGUGUUACUUCAAUGGGGAAUGGAGGUCCGCUGGCACGCGAUGGCAUCCGUGGAUUGAACCUUUUGGUCUAGUUUUAUGCGCAACUUGUUCGUGCAAAACGUCCUCACAAGACCUGCACUGUGUGCGACGGACCUGCCCACAUCUUUCUUGUGCCAAUCCAAUCCGUUCCAACCCGAUGGACUGCUGCAAAAAAUGUCCAGAGGAGGAGCAGAACCCUGCAGAGCUGGCAGACACAAUGCAGUCUGAUGAGCCGCGCAAAUGCAAAGUGAUGGGUCACUUGUAUUCAAACAACGAGCGCUGGCAUCCAGCGGUCGAAAAACAUGGCAUGGUGCCGUGUGUGACCUGCAUCUGCCUGGAUGGCGUCCCCCAGUGUGACAAACAGAAAUGGAAAUGCAGUGACCCCGAAUGUAGUGCCAGCAGGAAGCCAGACAGAAUCUGCUGCAGUGAAUGCCUCGGUCAUGUCCAAGAGGAAGAUGAAAAGUCCAGACCUGAAGAACCUACAAGCACAUGAAGAUAUUAGACAGCCUGAAAGGGACUAUAUGGACCAAAUAUUGGGCAAUCUCCAGCAAACUGGGUCAGGAGGACAACCACAGGACUCUCUGGUGUCAUAUCUCCUUAAUGGACGCUUCAUUUUAAAAGAACUUCAGGGUUCUGUGAUGUCAUAUCCUCUCAAUGGACGCUUCACUUUAGAAGAACUUCAGGGUUCUGUGAUGUCAUAUCCUCUCAAUGGACGCUUCAUUUUAGAACUUCAGGGUUCUGUGAUGUCAUAUCCUCUCAAUGGACGCUUCAUUUUAGAACUUCAGGGCUCCGUGAUGUCAUAUCCUCUCAAUGGACGCUUCAUUUUAGAACUUCAGGGUUCUGUGAUGUCAUAUCCUCUCAACGGACACUUCACUUUAGAACUUCAGGGUUCUGUGAUGUCAUAUCCUUUCAAUGGACGCUUCAUUUUAGAACUUUAGGGCUCUGUGAUGUCACAUGCUCUCAAUGGACGCUUCAUUUUAGAACUUCAGGGUUCUGUGAUGUCAUAUCCUCGCAAUGGACGCUUCAUUUUAGAACUUCAGGGUUCUGUGAUGUCAUAUCCUCUCAAUGGACGCUUCAUUUUAGAACUUCAGGGUUCUGUGAUGACAUAUCCUCUCAAUGGACACUUCAUUUUAGAACUUCAGGGUUCUGUGAUGUCAUAUCCUCUCAAUGGACGCUUCAUUUUAGAACUUCAGGGUUCUGUGAUGUCAUAUCCUCUCAAUGGACGCUUCAUUUUAGAACUUCAGGGUUCUGUGAUGUCAUAUCCUCUCAAUGGAUGCUUCAUUUUAGAACUUCGGGGUUCUGUGAUGUCAUAUCCUUUCAAUGGACGCUUCAUUUUAGAACUUUAGGGCUCUGUGAUGUCACAUCCUCUCAAUGGACACUUCUCUUUAGAAGAACUUCAGGGUUCUGUGAUGUCAUAUCCUCUCAAUGGACGCUUCAUUUUAGAACUUCAGGGUUCUAUGAGGUCAUAUCCUUUCAAUGGACGCUUUAUUUUAGAACUUCAGGGUUCUGUGAUGUCAUAUCCUCUCAAUGGACGCUUCAUUUUAGAAGAAAUUCAGAGCUCUGUAAUGUCAUAUCCUUUCAAUGGACCCUUCAUUUUAGAAGAACUUUAGCGCUCUGUGGUGACAUAAGCCAAAGAACAUCGCAAGACAAUUUCAGAACUCGAAAAUCGUUCCCAAGGAUCUGUAUAUAACUGGCACAUGGCUCAGUUGUAAUCCAUUGACAGGACUGUCAGGUAGGGUUGCCACAUUUUCUUCAAGCCAAACCCAAACACCGGACCACCGACAGUGGACGGUGAGCUCACUCACCUGAGGAUGAAGGUUCAGGCAUCAACAUAUUUCAUCCACAAUGUAUCAGCCGGUUGCAGAGCUUCAAACUUCCAUCCCACACAUCCCUUUCCUGCGGCACAGAACGCCGGGGAUCGGAGUGUGGGUGAGCACACAGAGGGGUGGGAGGAGGAGCACAUCAAGCCCUCUCUCCUCUCUUGUCCAUGUAUGGGGGUCGGGCCCAUGAGAACACCUAUGCACUUGGCGGUUGUGAUACUUGAUGAACCACAGCCCAUUCUGAAUAUUAUGUCCGAGUUUCAGGGGGGGGCUGAAACCCGGACACGCAAUUCAAAACCCAGACUAUCCAGGUGAAUCCCGGACAGGUGGCAACCCUACCGUCAUGGUUUUUGAGAGUAGACAACUGCAGGACCGUGCUGUCAAACAGGCCUUUGGCUACUUCAGCUGAGGAUAACCAUGACACUAUGAUAUAAUAAACAUGGAAUAUCACUGCAAGGACAAACAAUGCACAAAGCAACAUUUACAGUAUAAAUGGGAUGCUGAAAAUCACUUCUGUUCACAGAUGAUCAGAUUAUCCGUGUGACAGGAGCAGCUCCAUCAAUGGGGUGGAUUCACGUAGGGGUGCGCAA